AUGGUCGGCUUGGACGGCUCACCCGCCUCGCAGGGGCCCAGUGGAAGCGCGGCGCUUGACACCGCCCGCGUGGACGAGCUUGCCACCGACCUGGUCAGGACUGUCGAAACUGGCCGAAGACAGCUACACGAGGAAAGGGAGAAGCUCAUCUUGGAGUUUGAGGCCUCCCGUGUCCAACUGCAUACUGAGUACUCGCACAGGCUGCUGCAAGCAGAUGAGGACCUGCGCUCCGUGCAGGAGGAGCGCUCCUCCCGACGUGAAGCCUCGUUUGUGAACUUGCACGAGAUUGUCAACCUUAACGUUGGGGGCAAAACGUACACGGUGAAGCGUGAGACGCUGUGUGUUUGCCGGGGGUCCUUCCUGGCCGAGCUGUUUUCGGGGCGCUGGGACCGGCUUCUUCAAAAGGACGACGAAGGUCAGUUCUUCUUGGACAUCGAUCCGGCAGUCUUUGAAAUCGUGCUGGCUUGGCUACGGGAUUGCAAGAUCGAGAGCCCGACGCGGCCCGCGUCGUGUCCGACCGUCCCCGUGGAGCACAUGCAACACUUUCAGGCCGCGGUGGAUUAUCUGGGCCUGCGGCCUUUUCUAGCCGUUGGCGGCCUGGGACCCAACGGCUGGGCUUCGAGCUCUAUGCCGGAGGCCCCUCUGAGAGAUGGAGGAGUUCCAGGCCCUCCGGGAAGCUUUCUGAAGGCCGCAGGUUCUUUGAGCUCCUUCUUGUCCUCUUGGCGAUCCUCGGGCUCCACACCGCCCGUCCGAGCAAGUGAGGCACAAACCCUGCCAACUCCGAGUGCUGCAUCAGAGCCUGCGAUGCCUGCGAUGCCUUCGAAGGUCGUGGGUUGGUCACAACGGAGCUCAGACCCCGCAGUCUGCAGGAGGGAUGAGGAGGUGACGUUGGCUCUUAUCCCAGAAACCCGUGGCUCUGCCACGGCCCGUGCGACUCGUGGCUUCCAGAGCGGCCAGCACUGCUUCGGAGUGAAAGUCGUCACGGGCGCUGAUGGUUUGGUUGGUCUCGUAUCUCCGCAGUGGAGCGUAGCAGCCGCUGCGGCCUUGCCUUUGGGCCGUUCACCGCACUCUUGGGCCAUAGCCUCGGAUGGCAGUGUCUGGGUGGCAGGAAGGGAGCUGGAACGCCUCCCGGUGACUUUCGCAGAAGGGAGCUGCAUUGCCUUCGUUCUCACGCUGCCAGCAGUGGGACUGCGGACGGCCACCGUGUAUGUCGACGGUCAGCCUUUCGAGAAGGUCUUCACGGACCUGCCCGAUACUGUGUAUCCGGCAGCAUCAAAUGUGAGAUUGCCAGCCCAGUUUCGACUUCAGUGCGAUCUCUCCUUGGAGGACCUCAUCCAAUCCAAUGCUGUGGAAGCCGCACCACCGACCGUGUGA